UUACUUCCUGUGGUUGAGAGAUAAGUAGACGGAGCUGAGGCCGGAGCCCAGGGAAUUAGGAUGGACGCGCUUCCUCCCCGGUUGACUCCCGAAGAGGAAGGAUCUUUUCAGUAUCUUAGAAUUAAAGACCAAACACCACCGAUCCUAACUAAGGCUAUCGAUGCAUUGCAUCGACAUAAAAGUGAGUUCUUUGAGAAGCAUGGAGAGGAAGGCACUGAAGCAGAAAAGAAAGCUAUCUCUCUUCUUUCUAAGUUACGAAAUGAACUACAAACUGAUAAGCCAUUUUUGCCUUUGACUGAUAACUCUGCUGAUACUGAUGUUUGGAACCAAUACCUGGAGUAUCACCAUAGUCUUUUAAAUGAAAACAAUAAAAAAGUAAGCUGGUUUCAGUCUCCUUGGUUGUAUGUAGAGUGUUACAUGUACCGUAGAAUUCAUGAAGCAUUAAUGCUAAGUUCACCAAUAAGUUACUUUGAUGUAUUUAAAGAAUCAAAAGACCAGAAUUUCUUUGAAUCACUGGAAGCUAUUAAGUCUUUAUGUAAUUACCUACAAGAGUUAAAAAAAAGGAUUGAAAACCUAGAUGAAAAUCAACUGAAAGAUGAGUUUUUUAAACUCUUGCAGAUUGUAUUAUGGGGAAAUAAGUGUGAUCUGGCACUUUCACCUGAUGAGAGUAUCCCUGAGACAUCUAGUCCAGUAGUCACUUUGGAAGACCUGCAGCUUUUCAUUUUAGUGGAUAAUAUGGACCACGUUUGGUCACUACUUAUAAACAGAAAGAAAAUGAGGCAGGAGACAUUUCCUGUUACUAGAGUGGAUUUUAUCAUGGAUAAUGCAGGGUUUGAACUUGUUGCAGAUUUGGUAAUGGCAGACUUCCUGUUAGCAUCUAAAUUGGCUACUGAGAUCCACUUCCAUGGAAAAAGUAUUCCCUGGUUUGUUUCAAAUACUAUUAAAAAGGACAUGGAUUGGGUGAUUGAACAAUUAAAAGCUGCUAAUACCAAAUGUAUGUCUGAUUGUGGGAUUAACUGGGAGCACUAUCUUAAACAUACAUGGAUUUACCAAGAUCAUAUGUUUUGGACUCUACCUCAUGAAUAUUGUACUAUGUCUCAAGUUUCUCCUGACUUGUAUGCUGAACUACAGAAAUCGAAUUUAAUUCUUUUCAAGGGUGAUUUGAACUAUAGGAAGUUAGUAGGAGACAGAAAAUGGAAGCUUACAGUUCCAUUUCAUCAGGCUUUGAAUGGCUUCCAUCCUGCACCUCUCUGUAGCAUAAGAACAGUAAAAACUGAAGCUCUGGUAGGGCUGGCACAUGGGCAAGGGCGACAUGUUGCAGGUAUUGAUCCUCAGUGGAGGACCAGUGGAAAAUUUGGUGUAUUUCAGUUUGAUGGGUCACUUUGAUUUGGCUUUUUAAAUCUUUAAAGAGAAGCUCUAACAUAGCUCAUUUCCUCCACAGAAAAGUAAUUUUUAAAUUUAAUUUAAUUACUUUGAGGGUUUGGAUUACCUUUUGAAAGCCUACCCUUUUAUAUCAGUUGUCCUUAAUCAUGUACUGAUGUUGCUGAUUAAGGGUCAUUAGCUUCAGCUGCUUUGGAAGUCUUAAAGACCUUUCGUUUUGAAUUAUUUAUUGAAGUUUUAUGUCUAUCAUCCAACAUUUCAAGGUUCAAAGAAGCUGCUCAGAUAAGUGUAAAAAGUGUAUUUAUGAUUAAUUAUACUUAUAUCUAUUUAAUUUUUUGCCAUUUAAAAGUAUAGUAAGCUACAUGAUAUAGUAUUUCGGGAAAUAAUAAAAUUAUUUUAAUUUUGUACUGCUGCAACCCAAAUCUUAAGGUGGUAUAAAUUCUAAUUUAUCUACCCUUAGGUUGAAUUUCUUAAAACUGUGGUAUUUGAACCAUAGGGAAAUAGAAAAUUAACUUGAUAAGUGUUAACAAUUCAGGAAUUGCCUUUUGUACUUGAAUUUCUUUUCUUAAUGAUAGUAGCCUGCAUUCAUAGGCAUUCUGCAUUCCUGUAUAUACAUUUACUUUUUUGAAUGGUUUAUUAAAUUGCAAAAAGACAAGAAAAAUAAACAGAAUUGAAGGAUUAUCGAAGAAUGAGAUAUCUCUUUCAUGCUUGUGAAUUCUGUCCAUAUAAAAUAAAAGAUACUGUGAUCAAAUUGUCUUUAGAAAUGAACAAAUUCCUUUUCUGAAAUUUUAAGUACUACCUGGUUGAGAGAAUUUAGGUUAUAAUAGACUUUUAGCCCUUGACUGAAAAGCACUUAUUUUCAUACUUUGAAUUUGGAAGUAUGUCUUUCCACCAUGGAUCAGCUUUGAACCUGAGUUGUUUUAGAAAGUGUAACUACUUUGCCACUGUGGUUUGAAAAAAUAUAUAUAACUGAAUAUGUUUUCUGGGGCUUUGCUAAAAAAAUAAAGUGUGUUAAACUUCCA